AUGGCAGUCUCGCUGAUCCACGCGAUAUUGGGCUACACCGGACUGGUUGGCUAUAUUGUCCGCUCUAUCGGACCAAUGACCAUUGCCCCAGCUAUCACCUUGGUCGGGCUGGAUGUUGUGAUGGUGCUGAAAGGCUUCGCUGAAAUAUCCUGGCUCAUAGCUGGCAUAACUUUCUUGGUGGUAAUCAUUUGCUCUUGUUAUCUGGCCAAUGUACGAGUCCCGCUUCCUUCGUGGAACAGAAAGCGAGGAAUUUAUAUUCAACGAUGUCUAAUUUUCCGUCCGUUUGGGAUAAUAAUCGCCAUGAUCAUAGGCUGGCUGCUGUGUUUUAUAUUGACUGAGACCGGGUUUUUCUCUGAUGACCCAGAUGUUCUCGAAUACCAAGCUCGAACAGACAGCAAAGGUGACGUCAUUGAGAUGGCGUCAUGGUUUUAUGUGCCCUACCCAGGACAGUUUGGUCCUCCAAGCUUCAGCACUGAAUUGUUUUUCGGUCUUAUUAUCGCUAUGGUAAGCUCAGUUCUGGAUUCGGUGGCGGACUACAUCCUGGCAAGUAAAGUCUGCCGAAUUAGUAAACCUCCGCCUCAUGCCGUAAAUCGGGGGCUUGUAGUGGAAGGUGCGUGUAGUAUUCUGUCUGGGGCGUUUGGGGCGGGACACGCCACGACCACGUACAGCGGCCUUAUUGGAAAUCUGUCACUGACCGGGAUCGGCAGUAGGCGAGUGUUCCAACUUGUUGGAAUCAUACUCAUGUCUGUGGGAAUCUUUGGCAAGUUUGGCGCUUUACUUGUGACGAUGCCGAAACCAAUCGUGGGAGGAUUUUCUUCUGUCGGCAUGGGCUGUAUGAUCGGAAUGGCACUGUCCAGUCUGGAAGAGGUCGAUCUCACUUUACCCCGCAAUGUCAUCUCCCUGGGAUUACCCCUGGUGCUAGGUACAAUGAUACCCAGCUGGGUGAAGGCCAAUCCUAAUGGAUUGGAGACAGGUGUGAGCGAACUCACUCAACUUCUGAACGCUUUGUUGAGUAACUCCAUGUUUGUGGGGGGCGUAACAGGAUUUUUCCUGGACAACACAUUACCAGGUAAUGGGAAGAAGAAAUCUACUGGCAGCGACACUAUAGAUGGGGAGGAGGAGAAUUUUGAGAACAGAGCUGGCCUGGCGCCGUACGACUUGCCCUUUGUGAAAGGAUUAGGAAUUAUCCCGUUCAGCUCCAAGCAAAUUCGUCCCGCCCCUGUGAUGGAAUAUGGAAGCUGGAUGAGGACAUCUCGCCCCGCGGGCCGCGGCACAAGGACGGAGCAAGUCGCGCGCGACUGGUACCACUGUCGUGCCGUGGCCUGCAACCCGCUGGGACGAAGGAAGAGAACGAUAACGUUCGCGCGCUAA